GCAUAUUUGAGACUGAUAAGCUUUCAUGUGUGAGUUCAUUCCUUCAUACAUAUAUUUGCAUGUAUGUUGAAGUAAGACAAUUAGAGACUAUACUAAAUAAAUUAGUUAUUGAACGUAAAAGACAACUUAUCUCUCCUGACGAAUAUAUGACAUGUACACAAACUUUCUAGUCUGUUGGGAUUUUUAAUUUUUACAGGAAUUAUCACUAUGCUAAUCAUCUCCUCUGUUAGUUUUUAUUGAUUUUUAUCUGGAUGAUGUAAUUUAAUGGACAAGACUUUCCUAAAAUGAAACAAUCUGAAAAAUGUAAAUGUAAAUCUAUGCCAUAUUACUAACAAGCUUUAUAACUAUGACGUUAAGAUAAUUAUUAAUGGUGUAUGCUACUACUUAAAUAUAAAAUAAGUAGACAUAUGUGAUACAGUAUUAUAAUUUCAAUUACUAUUUUAAAUAUCUUAUACAUAAACUCUGUGGAAUCAUAUACUAUUAGCCACAUCUUAAUUACACAAUUAUGUUUACAACACGACGUGGAUUACUUGCUCCACAAAAUACAUUCUUGGAUACAAUUAUACGUAAAUGUGAUGGACAAAACUCUUGUUUUCUUCUUGCUAAUGCACGUAUACUAGACUUUCCUAUUGUUUACGUCAGUAAUGGAUUUAUCAAUCUAACUGGAUUUGGACGUGUUGAAAUUAUGCAAAAACCUGGCUUAUGUCCAUUCAUGCAUGGACCUCAGACAAAUAAGUCAGUUAUGAUUACACUGGAAAAUGCCUUUAAAAAACAAAAUUCUGAACAUGUUGAAGUGAUUUUAUACAAAAAGAAUCUGACUCCGCUGUGUAUCUUAGUUGAAUUGAUUCCAAUAAGAAAUGAUGAAGAUAUGGUGAUACUUUUUCUUAUCACACUCAAAGAUUUGACAGCUUUUCGUCAACCACUAAAAGAAGACAAUGCUCAAAAUUCAGCUUUGGGAGCAUUUGCUGCUGCAAGUGAUGCUGGAAGUAGUUGGGGAAGAUUUGCACGUUUAGUCUUUUCAAUGGUUCGUCAGAAACCAGAUGAAUUAAAUAACAAUAUUCAAGACCAAUCAGAUCCAUCGACAUUGAAUAUUGAAAACGAAUCAUAUCAAAAUUCACAGCAAAAGUUACAAGAUAAAUUACAGCAACAACAGAAAUCACAAUCACCUGGAGCUGAAAAAAAUGUUGACUCUACUAAAGAAACAAUCAGUGGUGAUAUUAAUACUAGUGGUGAAAGUGAAAUUUUACCAUCUAAUCAACAAACUUGUAGAAAGUCAGUUAAACUUCAACACUUAUCUCCAGCAGAUACUGCUGGUAGUUGUAGGAGUAGUGUAGUUGGUAGUUUUUCAAAAUCAUUAAAUAAAUUGGAAUCCGGUGAAUUCAACUUGACCAAUUUGGAAAUUAAGUCAAAGAGACAUAAAUACAGUUUAUUCAAGAAGAAACAAAACACAAUCAAUCAUACUGUGUCAAAUUCAAAGAAGUUAGCAAAUAUUAAGGGAGCAAAUUUAAAUGGGGAUAUUGAAGAUCUUUUCAGUAAUCAAUGGUCAGCUCCAGAAUCUAUCCCACGUUAUCGUCCAGAACCACCAUGUCCUCCUAAACAUGUAUUACUUCACUAUUCAGUGUUUCGAAUUGUAUGGGACUGGACAAUUUUGUUGCUUACUGGUUAUACAGCUAUUAUUGUCCCACUAAGAGUUGCAGUGAUCCCUCGACCAGCAUGGGUUCCUUCUGAAUUAUUAUCUACGAGGUCCAACAGUGGAAAUGAUUGGUUGCACCCAACAACUUUGGAAAUACUAACUAUAACUGAUGCAAUUAUCGAUAUAAUAUUUGGUGUAGAUAUUGUGUUGAAUUUUCAUACAUCGUUUGUUGGAGCAGGAGGGGAAGUUGUUGCUGAUCCAUCAGUGAUUCGAAUGAACUAUUUAAGCGGUUGGUUUACCUUAGAUUUACUAGCAUGUCUUCCAUAUGAAAUAUUGAAGUAUUGCUGGCCUGUAAAUAAUGCUGAUAUUUAUUAUCUAAUGGAUGCAUUACGCAUAGUUCGUUUACUACGGAUAGGUCGUGCAGCUAGAAGAAUAGAUCAGUAUCUGGAAUAUGUUUCAACAUUAUUAAUUUUAAUGAUUUUAUGCUUUUUCUUGCUGGCACAUUGGUUUGCCUGUGCAUGGUAUGCUGUUGGUGUAUACGAUCUAGAAAAUAAAGUUUAUUACGGUUGGAUACCAAGAAUUUAUAAUGAUUCAUUGAAACCUCAAAAUUGGGAAGAAUUUGUAGUAUAUGAUCGUGAUUCAAUUUCACUAUCAAUUCAUAUGGGUAAGACACAAACGGAUUCAACUGUACAUAAUUCACUAAUAACUCCUUCAUCAGUUAACUUGAAAUCACAAUCAUCAGUGACCUCCAUGUCUUCAUCAUCAGCCUUGUAUACAUCAACUAGUCAUUUUACUAAAUCGAAAGACUUCACCAAUUGUUCAUUGAAUAAUACAUGUGUAAAUAAAUUUCUUCAAAAUAAAAAUAUUACUAUGAAACAACAAUAUCAACCUAAUGUUUAUAAUAUGUUAUCAUCAAAUUUACCAUUACAAAAUCCAAAAGAUAAAUGGGCGGCUUACUUAACAGCACUCUACUUCAGUUUAUCACUGUUGACAACAAUUGGAUUUGGUAAUGUGGCAGCUUUUACUGAAAGUGAAAAAUUACUAUCAAUUUGUUGUAUGCUUAUUGGAGCUCUUGUAUAUGCUACAAUAUUUGGGAAUGUAACAACUAUAGUUCAACAGAUGUAUGCCACACGUACACGAUAUAAUGAAAUGAUGAAAGGUGUAAAGGAUUUCUUAAAAAUUCAUGAAGUACCAAGGGAAUUAGGUGAACGUGUCAUAGAUUAUAUUACAUCAUCUUGGUCAGUGACGAAAGGAAUUGAUACAGUUAAGGUACUUAAUUAUUGUCCAAAAGAUAUGCAAGCGGAUAUAUCAGUUCACUUAAACCGUUGUGUAUUCAAUAGUCAUGCUGCAUUUCGUCUUGCAAGUGAUGGUUGUCGACGUUCAUUAGCUGUCAACUUUCAAACACUCCACACAGCACCAGGUGAUUUAAUAUGUCAUCAAGGUGAAAGUGUUGAUCAGUUGUGUUUUAUAGCAAGUGGUACUUUAGAAGUAUUACAAGAUGAUGAAGUUAUUGCAAUACUUGGUAAAGGUGAUGUCUUCGGUGAUCCACUGUGGAAAAAUACAGUAUCUGUACCAGCAGCAGCAAGUGUUCGGGCAUUAACCUAUUGUACUCUACAUACAAUACGAUUAGAUCGCCUUCGAGUUGUACUCAAUUUUUAUCAUGCAUUUGCGAAUAGUUUCACAAGGAAUUUAGAACUUACUUAUAAUUUAUGCAAUCGAGUUAUCUUUCGGAAGUUAUCCGAUGUGAGACGUGAGAUGGAACUAUCGAUGAGAAAAAACAAGGAGCCACCACUGAGUACACUUCCUCCAAGUCAUCCAGUAAGAAAACUUAUUUCUAGACUUCGUCGAUCAAGUCAGGUGGGAGAUUUAUCUUCUAGACAGUGUUUAAGUACAAUUGUAUCGUGUCACACAUCACUUGAUGGAUCAGAAUUUGAAAAUUCUAGUAUGUCUGAUAUUAUGGUACAUAGCACCACUGACAGACCUGUCUCAGUACAUAAGAUACAACCUUCAUCUGUAGAGAAUGAGUCAUUUAUUUCUGCUGGUUAUGAGCCUAAAGUGAUGACACCUAUAUCUAGUCCAGUCAAAUUCCUACCUAAUUAUGUUGGAGAUAUUCAGACUUCAACAGAUACUUCAUGUGUUGCUCAAUCAGGAAUUGGAAAAGGACCAAAUCCUGCAAGGAAAUGGGCUCGUCUAAUCUCCAAGGUAUCACAGGCACCUUUACAUGAUGUGAAUGAAGAACCAAAUGAAGAAUCUAAUCGUCUAGUAAUACCACAUGGAAGAAGUGAGAAAUGUAAGUCAGAAAGUGAACUAGCAACAAAAUUCUCAAACGACGAAAAUUUAACACAAAUACUUGUAACUACAAUUCCAUUGUCAUCAAUCAAUAUGGAUCAAAAUGCUGUAAUAAAUUCAACAAAACCACUACAACCACCUUCUACAUCAACAGCGACAAUAACAUCUACGCAUACAACUCCAACUAUACCUUGUCAAGAUUUGCAUAAGAUUGAAUUGAGCAUUGAAAAGUGUUUUAAUACUUUCCAUAUACAACUGAGUGGGCAAAUUAAUCAGAUUGUUAAACGAUUAGAUAAUUUAGAAGGACAGAUAGUUGAACUACGCAAUACUUUUCCAAAUCCUAGUAGCAUAAAUACAGUGCCAAGGAGAACAGAUAAUUCAUUUAUGAGCAUGCUCAGGUCUGCCAACAAUAAUAACUUAACAAACAAUGAUAACCUGAUUCCUAUAACUACUAAUGAUAAUAAUAAUAAUCAUUCUGAAAAGGUAUUUAGUAGAUAAAAAUAUCCCCAACUAAAUCAAUGAUAUUUUUGUGAAAUAUAAACAUGAACUAAGCUUCCUUGAUAUUCUUUGCCAGCAGUUUAAUCCCAAUACCUCCACAUCAUGAUGAAAUCAUCACCUAAAAGGUCUAAGUUGACGCCAUAUACAGUAACCAAUGAAUAGUAACCAUAACAACUAAGAAACGUGGGAAAUAUAAGGAAUAAUCAACUUUAAGUCAUUUCGUUAUAUGUAUCAUUACUGGUCUGUAUCUAUGCAUAUUUUGCAUAAAUGUAAAAUAAAAUACUCAUUACAUUUUAUUU